CAGGAAAAGUCCCUAGGACUUGCAGCCUCUACCCUCGCUCGCCUCAGGCCGGUCUCUAGAGGGCGCUGCCGAAAGACCGGGCGCAGAAGGAACGCGACGCGGAAACGCGCUUAAAUUUGGGCACCGCCGCUGCCCGUAGCCGGCGUCCUCAACAUGGCGGCUCCCCAAGAUGUCCACGUCCGUAUCUGUAACCAAGAGAUUGUCAAAUUCGACCUGGAGGUGAAGGCGCUUAUCCAGGAUAUUCGAGAUUGUUCAGGACCAUUAAGUGCACUUACUGAACUGAAUACUAAAGUGAAAGGGAAGUUUCAGCAGUUGCGGCACAGAAUACAGGAGCUUGAGCAGUCAGCGAAAGAGCAAGACAGAGAGUCGGAGAAGCAAGUUCUGCUCCAGGAAGUGGAGAAUCACAAAAAGCAGAUGCUCAGCAAUCAGACCUCAUGGAGGAAGGCUAAUCUCACUUGCAAAAUUGCUAUCGACAAUCUAGAGAAAGCAGAACUUCUCCAGGGAGGAGACCUCUUAAGGCAAAGGAAAACCACCAAAGAGAGCCUGGCCCAGACGUCCAGUGCCAUCACGGAGAGCCUCAUGGGAAUCAGCAGGAUGAUGUCCCAGCAGGUCCAGCAGAGCGAGGAAGCCAUGCAGACUCUAGCCAAUUCUUCCCGGACUAUCCUGGAUGCAAAUGAAGAGUUUAAGUCCAUGUCAGGGACCAUCCAGUUGGGACGGAAGCUUAUCACAAAAUAUAAUCGCCGAGAGCUGACGGACAAGCUUCUCAUUUUCCUUGCCCUGGCCCUUUUCCUUGCUACGGUCCUCUAUAUUGUAAAAAAGCGGCUCUUUCCAUUUUUGUAAGAUCUAGAAUUACCAGCUUUUGCCCUUUAAGCUCCAGUGUCAGGAUCUGUCCAUGCUCCUGAGCUCUGGCCCCAGCUGCCAAAUCAUUGCACACCUCUGUGGCCUGCUCCACUUGCUCAGCAGGUGGAUUGCAGACCCAGCCCCCCAGCUUUCUGUAGGCAGCUGGUUAGCCUAUAAAGGGCAAGUAGAGCAAGGGGAGGCCUGUCAUCAGGACACCUGCAGGACACAGGGACUCCAGGAGCCAUCACACAGUGCGUGUGGCUGUCACAUGGGGCAUGCAGAGGCCAGCCUUCAGGAUUGGAUCCUCCUCUCUCCGCUUCUCCUGCUGUAGCCUUAAUGCCAGAUUUGGUGGAAGGAGGAGAGAAGUGGGGAGAAGGAUAAGGAAAACUCAGGCCCGUUCCUUGAAUAAACUUGACUCUAUUUAAUAGAAUGAAAUGCAUGUGGAUUUAUAAUGUAUCCUUCUAGGAAUUUGUGUCCUGUUUUUGAUGUCCAGAUUUCUAGAACAUCAACUUAAGAUCAUUUAUUUGUUUAUUCAACAAAGGAUUAUUAAGCAACAGCCACAUGCAAUGUAUUAUAAGACGUUGCUGACCGUUACAGCAGCUGUAAAGCUGCUGUGGUUCCUCCCUCACGGAGCAAGAAGAACAAGAUCUCAUAGGCUCUAAAAAAGCAAGUUACAAAAAGCCCCCACGGGAGGUGGCUGACACCACAUCUGAAAAGGCUCAGGCAGACAUCCUUCUCUUUCUAUGUACAGUGGUGGGCCUGGCCUGGGGGUGUGCCGUGUCUUGGGGGCUGGCCCAUGUCUUUCUCUUUGAGGUCCAGAGCUAAAUAUAACCAUGAGAGUGAGCCUAGUGAUAAGCUGAGGCCUGUCUGGGCCUGAGUUCUGUUGAGGCCUGGGGGAUGCUAGGGCUCAGGCUGGGAGAUGUUAGUGUCUCCUUGUGCUGUAGGACUGGCUGGCCUCAUGAAAUCCCAGCCUCCCCACUAUUUAUAGCCCCAGAGGCCCUGGGAGGUAUAGUGUGGAGGCAGAGGGGAAAGUGGAAAGAACGUGGACUUUGAACCUUGGUUUUGAGUCUUGGCUCUACUACUAAGGGACCAUGUGACCAUGGGCAGGUUACCUUUUGUCACUGAGCCUCAGUUUCCCCACCUGUAAAGUGGGGAUGAUAGUCCAUACAGUCAUUUGUAGAGUCAAUAGGAGAAUCAAACAAGAAUGUACAGUAACAAGUGCAGCUUCUGUCUGACUGGACAGUGGGCUUCCCAAAUGGGGCCCCCUCCAGGACUCUGGGCCCUGAGGUUUCCUGCAGCGAAUGGGCUUUAGUGAAAGCUGGCCUGGGCGUCGGAAGUUCUGUUAGAUCAGCUUGAGCAGAGGGAGGGUGUGAACAGUUACGGCUUCAGUUAAAAAGUCCGGAUUGUCAUGGGACCAAGUGUGUGAGAGAUUGGCUGCACACCUCUGACUAGUUUAAUGAGCGGGUUCUAAGUUAAAGUGUGUGUGUGUGUCCUUGUCCACACAUGCUUCUAUACAGAUAUCAUUCUUAAACAAUUUCUGGACUCAGAAGACGGUGCAAAAUGUGUAUGCAUGUGUCUUAUUUAUAGUCAAAUUAAAGCUGAGAAUAAAGCACAGAUGGGAAAUUCCCACUCAGAUUCCAGCUGUAAGUGCAGCAGAUGGAUGUUAUCAAUUUAGGAUUUUCUUGUCUUAACAUUUUUCUUUACUACUUCCCACUAAUUGUCAACAUCCUCCUUACAAUAUGGGAAUGUGUGGGCUCUGUACUCCUUAAAAAAAAUCUCCCUUUGACUUUAUUCUUCUUUAACUUGUUUCCUUCUGCAAAUAGGUUGAAUUUGAAGUGCCAUCAAUAGCAUUAUAUCUUGCAGCCCCAAUCAGCCAGCCACCAGGAUUCAAAAUGAUCCCCAAGUGGGCUGGCUGGGCAGAAGCAGCCACCGCCAUGUUCAUCCGUGAGGGGGCAGUGUUCACAUUUGCUCUAUGAUCUUGCUGUGUUUAGGACUCUCUAUCAGUCCACAUGGAAUGUUCUUAUGGAUUUUUUUUUUUUUCAGAUACCAGACUUUAAAAAAAAAGGCCAUAGAAAUGUACAAAGUCCACCUAUAUAGUUUUUGGAGGAUGUUUCAUAAAUGAUUUUAAUUCUCACUGUUAACAGUAACGUAAACGUGUAUUCUACAUUUUGCUUAGAUGAAGGUCAAGGAGCUAAAAGGACAGAGCAUCUGGCAAGAGGUCGUUCAUUCAAGUAUUUACUGAGCACCUACUUUGUACCAGGCGCUGCGUUAGGUACACUCAGUGAACAAAACUAAAAUUCCCUGUCGUCAUGGAACUUAUAAUAUGUGGGGGAGGGUGGGCAGAUGAUAAACAAUUAAGAUACUAAAUAAGUCAUUCAUUCUGUUAGAAAAUAAGUGUUUUAGGGAAAAGUGAAGCUGGUUAAUGGAGAUCUGGAAUAUAGGUGAGGGGAUAGGUUUGCAGUAUUAAGUAGGGUGGUCAGAGCUGGCCUCAAUGAGGAGGUAAGAUCUGAGCAAAGGCCUGUUGAGGAUGAAGACACCUUAGCCAUGUGGACUGCUGAGGGAGGAGGGUUCCCCACAGGGGCCAGCUAGAGCUAGUGCAAAGGCCUACAGUGGGAGCAUCUGCGAUACUGUGAUUUAUUGUCAGAAAUAUGUAUUUGGUGUCCCCGGUCCUGGCACAGAGCUGCUAAAGCCCUUGGACUUUCCUACAAUGAGAGUGAUAAAGGUUUCUUUUGUUAAUCUUCAUGGGGCCACUUUUGGAAAGCACUAAGGAUGGGGGCUGGUUGCCUGGGCCUCAGAGGAGGGGAGGGGGCUGGAGAUUGAGUUCUGUCACCAAUGGCCAGUGAUUUAAUCAAUCAUGCCUGUGUAAUGAAGCCUCCACAAAACCCAA